AUGCAGGGCAAGGUGGCGCCAGCACAAACGAUCAUGCUCGACUUAUUCCCGCCGGACAUGGCGGGCAAGAUGCUCGCGAGACGUCCAGGCUCGACGGUGCUCUUACCAGGCGAAGAAGUGUUUCUGACAAGUCUCAAGGAAAGGAAAGCGGUGCUGCAGGACCAUGUCGACAGGAAUGUUGUGGCACAGCUCGAUGGACUGUUUCCUUACAUCAAGCUGGGUAAGGCAGUGACGAACCAUCUGAUUGAGACACACGUCAAGCCAGUACAGCCUCCUCGAGAGAGCGCAGCAGCUGUGACUGCACGACUUCGUGCUGAGCAGGGUGUCAAGCAGGAGAAUGGGUCAUCGACGGCAACGACGACGACAACAGCGAUGGGAAUCACGGACGAUGAGUUCGUCGAUAUGCUCGACGAAGCGUUCGCAGAAGCUAGAUUCCAACCUGCUGUCUCGUCGCGGCCGGCGAACAUCCCAGAGCAGCGGCCCCAAUCGGAAAAAGAAGACGUGCCGAUGAAAAGUGUGGAACAGCAAGAUACUCAGCAAGCUGAGGUGCAAGCCUUAAACGUGGAACAGGGAGAAGCUCAACAACAAGAUGAGUCGCAAGCUGGGAAGGUGAAACAGGAAGAAGAUCUCUAA